AUGUUCUCUGCUCCAUUUUCAAAACUAAACGACUGCGGUUUUUGUGUCAACUGGACAGAGAGUUUCAACAGAUCCUUGGAAAAUUGCUCGUCAACCCAAGAACGUCUGUUGACUACUAUUCCGCUGAAUUCACUAUCAAGAAGUGAUAUGCUUAUCAGAUUUCCUUCUGUUACCGAAUAUAUGAUCAGAGAGGCAAAGAAAGUAGUGAAGGAGAAAGGAGUAUAUCACAAUCCAGAUCCUUACUGCGGUCAUCAUAUUGAUCAAACGUCGAUAAAUAUUGCUCAAGAAUACUACUUGAAUGAUGACUUGGACUGUUCUCGACAAAGUCCCAAUAAAAACGAUGUCAAAAAAAUCGUAGAAAAUGGGGUAGAAAUGAAAAAAGUGAAGAGUUUCAUGACAAGAAGUAUUAAAGAAACUUAUCAGAUAUUCAAAGAAAACAAUCCUGGUGUGAAAAUGGGAAUAUCUAAAUUUUACACUCUGCGUCCAAAAAAUAACAAGUGCGUUUUACAAGAAUGUGAGAAGUGUCCGGGCCCCGGCGUCAUCACAUUAGAACUUCUUGGAUUUUCUGAAGAUAUUGAUGAAAACGAUGACAUUACUUACGCUGCUUGGGAAGAUAAUAAUCUAAUUAAAAAAACAACAACGAUAAAAAACUAUUUAAAACAUCUGGUUGAAUGCGUUACAAAGACGAGUCCUCACUUGCGCUUCAAAGAAAUACAACAAAAAGCCAUUCGUAACGAGAAAGAAUCAUGUCAUCAUUGGAAAAAUGAUCAAGUAUCGAUUUUUACAGCGGUUUGUUAUUAUCACAAAGAUACCUUGAGCUAUGCAGUUGUUACUGAUGAUCGCAAUCACGACUCAGCACACGCUAUCAUAGCUAUCAACAUUAUUAUCGAUGAUAUUCAUCAGAAAUACCAAAAUGCUAUAACUAAAAACAUAACAAUUAUAUCCGAUGGAGCUCCAAGUCAUUUCAAGAAUCGGUAUCAAUUUUCCGAAUUCGGAAAAUCUCCAGGUUCGAGAAAAUGGAUAUUUUCAGUUUCUGGACAUGGCAAACGAGCUUGUGAUGGGGUCGGAGGACUUCUUAAACAUUUUGCGACCAACCACAAUCUGCGAAAAGGACCACUUGAAUGUAUUCAAGAUGCCAAAACGUUUGCCGGAAUAAUACAAGGUUAUACGCCUAAUGUAAAGAUCUGCUUACUGUAUGAUCAGAAAUUGAAAAAAUUUCGCAACAAAAAACAAAAAGAAUGGGGUGUAAUAAUUUUUACAGCAAUAGCAAAUAGGUUUCGUCUUCAUCAGUUAAGUACAGUGGAGAAGUUUGUUAUGUCUUAUGGAGGUUUACGUGGUGCCGUUGCUUUUGCUUUGGUGCUUCUUAUAGACCCAAAAAUUGUAAAGUUACAACCAAUGUUUAUGACGACUACAAUUGCCGUAGUAUAUUUUACGGUAUUUUUUCAAGGAAUAACAAUAAAACCUUUGGUUAAAAUUUUGAAUGUAAAAACUGCAGAAAAACGAAAACCAAGUAUGAAUGAAAGAAUACAUGAAAGGUUAAUGGAUCAUCUUAUGGCUGCCAUAGAGGAUAUUUUGGGACAACAUGGAAAUUAUCACAUAAGAGAUAGACUAAAUGCCGCUAGGGUCUGCGAUCCUAUAGAAACAGGCAUAAGUUUAUUCCCAAAUACAGGCGGCUCGCUCUAUGCAGCCGCUCUGCUCGAUCUGGUCAGCCGCGCGGCUCAAUUAGCCAGCGGUGCGGCUCAAGUUGGCCAGCCGUGCGGCUCAGUUUGGCCAGCCGCGCGGCUCAACUUGGCCAGCCGUGCGGCUCAGUUUGGCCAGCCGCGCGGUUUAAUUUGGUCAGCCGUGCGGCUCAAUUUGGCUCAGUUUGGCCAGCCGCGCGUCUCAGAUUGGCCAGCCGCGCGGCUCAGUUUGGCUCAAUUUGUAGACAUCGCUCAGGCGUUUACCCCAGACAAGACAAGUUUACCAGAGAAGGUCUACAGGAGCAUAAAAGUGAAGAUGCUCGACUGGCCCCUUUGCGUGGGUCUUAUUAUCGGUCCGCCAGUCCUUGCAGCUCGGAUACGAGGCUCAGCAGCCGCAAAUGAGCAGCCGCAAAUGAGCUAA